AUGCGUACCAUGGAAAACGAGCUGGAAGAUGCGAGAGCGGCCACUGCGCGAGCCGCUUCGUUAGCAGUACGAAACGCCAAAAAUGCCAAAUCAAACGCGACGAACGAUGAAGAUGAGAAUAAAAAGCACGAUGAAGAAGAACGCUUACGAGCAAAGAAAGAGAAAGAAAUGUUGGAAACAGAACUCGCCAGUUUAAAAGAAAAGUUGCGGAACGCAGUGAAAAAAGGAAAAAGCUACGAGAGCGACGUCGAGCGCUUGACUCGCGAAUUAGCAACCGCAAAAACGACGAAACAAAAUAUAACAACAGCAAAAGGAAAGAAAGGAAAGAAAGGAAAUGCCGGUGUUGUCCCGCCUCCUUUAACAACCGAAGGUUCUUCCGAAAAAGCAAUGGAGACGAUGAAAAAGGAGAAAGAGGAAUUGCAGCGUAAAUUUGAAAGCGCAUCGAAAGAGUUAGAAGAUUUAGUGAGCAAGAACUCCGUGGCUGCGCUCGAUUCGGAAGGAUUGACGCAAGAGCUUACGAUUGCCCGGGAAGAGAAGGUAAAGAGCGAAUCGCAGGCGACCAAGUUUAAGAAACAGUUGAAUGAUUUGACGAAAGAAUUGAAUACCACUCGCGAGGCUUUAAAUUCAACCAAGAAAGAAAUUGUACAGUUGAAAUCUGAGUCGAAACAAUUAACGCUGUCGAAACGCGACAUGGAAGAUCGCGCGACGAGCGCAGAAUCGCAGUUACAAGCGUUGAAAGCAAACGCGAUGAGUGCAAUUGAAGAGAAGCGAGAUUUUGGACGAUCCAACGAGGAAAUGCAAUCAAAGCUCAAAGAUAUGGAAACUGAAGUUUUAAAAUACAAAGAUUUGUGCGAAGAGUCGAAAGCGAUGACGAGCGAUAUGGAAGCGGCGGUAGCGAGGGGUGCUGCAGCUGCCGCAUCGUCAAACGCGAAGGCUUCUGCUGCAGAGAAGGCGAAAGUUGUAGCCGAGAACCAGCUCGCUGAGCUUCGAGCGCAACUCAAUCUCAUGGAUGCUACCGGCAGAGAAGCUGCCGCUUCGAUUGCGCAUCGAGACCGAGCGCGUCAAGCGCAAGAACGCGCAGAGUCCAGAGCUGCUGAAGCAGAGCAAAGCGCCGAGGAAGCAAAUCAACGCGCUGAAAGUGCGAUCCGAGAAGGUGAGGAGCGAAAACGAAAGUUUGCGCACGUACAAGUUCAGUUCAAGGAUACAGAAGAAAAACUUACGAAAGAGAUUGACUCCUUUAAAGAUGAAAUACUCGCGAUGAAACAGUCGCUCUCUCAAGUCGCGUCGGCGAAAAGUGCUGCUGAGGAUCGCGCCGAAGGAGCACAAAAUCAUGCGGACGAAAUUGAAAAAGAACUCGAAAAAGUGAAGAAAGGAGAACAAGAACUGAUAUCUGCGCUCGCUCAAGCGCAAGCCGAAUGUAUCGAAGCGAGAACGAAAGCGAGUGUUUUGGAGGAAAUGGCGGCUUUGCGAAAGAACAAUUUUGAAGCCGCGACGACGGCUCGUGUGCCCCCUUCUUCAUCGCCCAAUUUGACGACGGUGACGGAACCGCAAAAUUCAGAAACAAACCGACAAGUAGAUGCGAACAAUGAUUCAAAAGCAGAAACUGAAGCGAUUCGAGCGCGCAUAUUCACAAUUCUCGGUAAAUUGAAAGGUCAAGUCGAUAGCAACGGCAAGCCUUUGUUGAGCGUGAAAGAAGCGGACCAAUCUAUCUGGGGAUGGCUAGGAACAAAUACGAACGAAAAUGAAACGAAAACCUCGCCGCCUCCCGAAGACGAAGGUAGCUCGAGCGUGGAUGACUUAUUGGUUCACUUGGAAAGCUGGGCGAAUGAUCAGGGCGAAUCAUGGUCUGCCGAGCUCAACGCGCAGUCGCGAAAAGCCGCAACUGAUGCCAUGCGUAAACUCAAAGAGAGCGAGAAAGAAUUAGAAGAACUUCGUUUGGAAUCGUCUCGUUUCAAACAACAAGACGCGGAGCGUUCGAGCGCAACGGUGAAUGCCGCUGCGAAGCGCGCAACAGAGGCUGAAGAGAAGUUGAAUACGCUGAAGAAAAAACUCGAGACGCUUGAACAAAGAAAUAAAGAGUUAACGUGGCAAAUAAGCAUGUACGCUGACAAUGGAAACGCGAUGAAUACAUCGGAUCCAAAGUUUGGAUCGUCUAACAACACUACACCAGCUGUUGGUAUCUUGAAGCAGCUUAUGCUUCAGUGCACUGCGCCACGGAGGGAACAACAGCAACAGCAUUAG